AUGACGGCAGGUCUAUUUAUUAGAAAACAAGGUUUUCAAACCCUCCAAUUAAGCGCCAAGCUAGGGAGAAUAUCGUUUUACUCCACAAACAUUAAUUCAGAAACGCCACAACCGCAAACAGAAUCUCCUCAGAGUAUAGUAUCCAAAUCUCAUUUGAGUACUGAUCCUAUUGAUCUAACCAAAGGGAGCUCUGUGAGACAAGCGGCUAAGAUUAGACCAUUAUCACAUUCUAAAUAUGAAUCUAAAGAUUAUCAACUUCCCAAGUGGAAGGAGGCAUUAGGUGAAUUCGUUAUUAAGACUUUCAAGCUAGAUAUGGAUAAAGUUAGGGCUGGCCCAGUGGCGGGAUCAUAUUUCUAUAAACUCUGUAAGGAACAAGGAUUACAAUAUGAAAACGAACCAUUGUCUAACACAGCCCAAUUUUUCUAUCAAGAUUUGAAAUUACCACGUACUUUCUCUCAAUGGUUCCAAAUCACUAUUCUUCAUGAGUGGAUGUUAAUGGUUAGGAUGAGGGCAAUGCCAUUCAAAUAUGGUAGAAACUACCAACAGAAAUUGGUUGACAGAACGUUUACCGAUAUUGAAUUGAGAUUGUUUGAAGAAAUGAAAGUUAAUUCAGGAAGUAUUGUUGAUCAGUACUUGAAAGAUUUUAACUCUCAAUUAAGGGGGGCAGUAUUUGCCUAUGAUGAGGGGUUCUUUACGGAUGAUGCUACAUUAGCUACAGCAUUAUGGAGAAAUUUAUUCAGUGGUAGGAAAAAUAUAGAUAUGGUUCAUUUAGAAGCAAUGGUGAGAUAUGUUAGAUCUCAACUCUAUGUUUUAAGCAUGUUAUCUGACAGAGAAUUUGCCAUGGGCCAAUUUAAAUUUGUACCUGCAAAUGAAACUGUUGAAAAAUUAACUACAGAACAAAUAGAACAACUAAAAAAGAAGGUAGCAGAGAAAUACCAAUCUCUUGAUAACAAUGUCAAGAUUCUACCCAGCGAGAGAAGCAACCUAUCAUAUACUAAUUAA